UGAGAUUUAAAUUUUAAAAUGGUGUGGAGAAAAAAAACAGGGAAACAACGCGAUGCCAGGGGAUCAACCAUCUUGCCACGUUCCAGUGGAGCGAAGGAGGCGGGACAAAGAUAAGACUAUCCACACGGUUGAAUAAGCCCAACGCCUCUCGAAUCCCAUUGGCCAUGAGCGCCUCCGGCCCCACCCACUUUUGCCCAACAACACUCUGAUUGGCUGGGAGAGCUGUCAGUUACAAAGUGGACGGGGUUUCUUUGGUUCUGAGUUUUAUGAGUCAGGAGGAGAAAUUUUGAUUUCUUUUCGCUGGUAGAAAUAAAGCCCCACGGGUGCUCCGGUCCUCCUCUUCUGCUCUUGAGCCCACAGCUGCCAGAAACUCGCCAUGGCUUCCAAGAAAAACGCUAAAGUGCACGUAAAAUCAAAAGAUGGAACUAAAACCCAGUCAGCCAGUAAAAAUGGGAAGAAGGCGGACUCCGGGUCCAGCAGCAGCUUCUUCACCUGGUUCAUCGUGCUGGCCCUGCUGGGUGUCUGGACAUCUGUAGCCGUGGUCUACUUCGACUUGGUUGACUAUCAAGGAGUUCUUGACAAGGCUAAGGGCUUACAAAUUAACCUGUCUGAGGCCUUGCAAGGUAAACUGGUGGCAUACGAUACAGACGGCGAUGGUGAUUUUGAUGUCGAGGAUGCUAAAGUUCUGCUAGGACUCAAAGAGAAGGCUGUUGUCGUCACGUCUCGUAGCGAAGAAGCCGCUGCCCCAGUGGAGACCGUGGAGGCUGAACCAGAACCAGAAGCUAUUGUUGAACCCGACCCUGUCCCAGUGGAAGAUGUUGUUGAAGCUGUUGUGGCAGAGGAAACAACUGCACCACCUCCAGAGCCUGAACCUGAGGUAGAAGAUGAGCCUGAGGUGGUCGCAUCUGAGCCUGAACCAGAACCAGAACCUGAGGCUGAACCAGAACCAGAGCCUGUGGAGACAACUGAGGUGUUUGAGGAGGAUCCAGAGGUGCUGGAGGAGGAGCCUCUUGCUGUAGAGGAGGAUGCACCCGUUGAGGAGGACGCUCCAGCUGAGGAAGAACCAGCAGCUGAGGAGACUGCAGUAGAGGAGGCAGUGGAGGAACCUGCUGCUGAGGAGGAGGCCGCUGCAGAGGAGGUGGCUGAGGCUGCAGAGGAGGAGAGCGCUCCUUCAGAAGAAGCUGUCGAAGAGCCAGCUGAACAAGAGGAGGCUGCUCCUGCAGAGGAAGCUGCUGAGGAGGAACCUGAAGAGGAGGCAGAAACUUAUGACGAAGCCGUUGAGGAUGUAGCAGCAGCAGCAGCAGAGGAGGAGGAGGAGGCAGUUGCUGCAGAGGAACCUGUGGAGGAGGCUGCUGAAGAGGAGACGGUUCCAGAAGAAGCUGUUGAAGACGUAGCGGACGAAGAGGAGGAGUUGGCACCUGCAGACGAACCUGCUGAGGAACCCGCUGAGGAACUUUCCGAUGAACCCGCUGAGGAACCCGCUGAGGAACUCGCUGAGGAACCCGCUGAGGAACCCGCUGAAGAAGAGGAGGCAGCUCCUUCAGAAGAACCGGUUGAGGAGCAGGCAGAAGAGGAGGCUGCAGAGGAAGCUCCUGAAGAAGAAGUAAUGGAGGAGCAGACAGUACCAGUCACAGAGACAGAAGAAGAAGAAGCAGCACAAGAAGUAGAGGAGGCAGCAGAAGAAGCAGCAGAGUUUGUUGAGACAGAGGAACAGAUUCAGGAUGAGCCCACAGAAACGUAGAGGCUGCAGUGGUCGCCACGGUGACGGAGCAGGGACCCACUGAUGCUGCAUCAACACCAUCUGAGCAUGCUCAGAGCGAUGAUGCAUCUCUCCACCUCCAGAGAAGCGAUUGAGUCGUCAUGACAACACUCGCCUCUCUCUCUCUCUCUCCCCCCUCCUCCCUCUGUUCUCACCCCUCUGAAACCUCCUUUUAGUGUAAAUGUGUGAGAUGAUGGAUGAGCUGUUUACUAAUACGGUACUCCUGUUUUUACCCUCCUUGUGUUUCAUUUGAGUUCUUCUUCCUCCCUAUGUAGAACACCUGUUUCCAUUUUUGUUCAGGGUGUUUUAGUUGUGUGUGUGUGUGUGUGUGUCUGUGGCCAUGUUUCCAGGCCGUGUGAAGUGUGUGUGCUGUGUCCGUUACAGUCGGUCUACCAGAGUCUUCUGAAAGAGCUGUCACAUCAAACCAGUCUACGACUUUUUUUCAGCUGAGUAAUUUGGCUUCCUGGAGCGAAACUCUGUUGCCAAGCAAAUAGAGGCCAAAGUUGACGUCUAAAGACAAAUCAGUAGUUUCAUAACAGCCUCUAAGUUAGAAGACUCUGGUGUUAAUGGGUUCAGAAGCUUCACACUUUUAAAGGCCGCAGCAUCAAAAUCAGAAACCUCACUGUGAACACUGCAGAAUGUCUCAGCUGGUGUCUCCUUUUACGUUUUUGUUCUCUGAAUCAAAUCAUUUGUGCCCCUUUAUUGCAGCAUUGUUGACAGACGUAGAGAAGCAGCUCCACAGCAGUGGAGAUUCUAUGCAAAGGUGUUGUGAUGCGUGUCACCCGCCUCCCCCACCCUCCUCCCCCAGCCACUUCAGUUACCACUCAGUAUGUGUGGCCUCCAGGAUGAGCCAUAUGCACAUGAACUCAGAGAGAAAGCUGUGUGUGUUUGUUUGACUGUGAUGUUGUUAAGUGUGCGUUGACAAAUCUUCUGCUAAUCAUUCCUUUCUGUGAGCCGUAGUCAGGAUGUUAGAUUUGUGUUUACCUCCUCUUCUUCUUCUUCUUCUUCUCUGACUAUAUGAACCUCUGUGUGUGUGCUUGUGUGUGUUCUGUAGAUUCAUAGCUGUUUUGUUUUUUCCAUAUUUUCUCAUUUGAUUGCGAGACCAUUGAAUAAGUUAACUUCAGCUCUUUGAGUUUGAACUGUGAUGUUAAUGAGGACACCACGGACGGUGCAGAAGUUCCUCUCCCCCCAAACACCAGCGAUAGACGGGUCCCUUUGGGAAGCCCAGCAUGCAGAUUCAAUCAGGAUAGAAGCAUUUUAACCCUGUGUGAGCCAAAUAAGAGCAUUUUGUAUCCAGACUCUCCUUUUUUUUUUUUAAAGUCUGGCUCACAGAAGGUUAAACAGAUAAGGCGCCAUGUUCCUGUGGAGAUCUAGAUGUUAGUUUUUACCAUGC